AAUUUUCAUAUGCUCAUUAUUAAAGAAACGAGUUUACAAUACGGACCAACAUGAUUUCGUUCGGAAAAUUUUUUAAGUUAUCUGCGUGCAAUAUUGCAAAAUUAAAUAAUGUUCGUUUUUCGUCAAGUUAUGAGAAAACUCGCAAAAAUUUAAUGCUUACAAAAGACUCUAAGGUCAUAGUACAGGGCUUCACAGGUAAGCAAGGUACAUUUCAUUGCAAGCAAGGAUUGGAAUAUGGCACAAAAUACGUUGGCGGUACUAAUCCUAAAAAGGCGGGUACUAAGCAUUUAGACCUACCAGUGUUCGGUUCAGUAGCCGAAGCCAAAAAGGCGGUUGAUCCACACGCUAGUGUUAUUUAUGUACCACCACCGGCUGCGGCCGCAGCAAUUAUGGAGGCUCUUGAAGCUGAAGUACCAUUAAUAGUUUGUAUCACAGAAGGUAUACCACAGCAGGACAUGCUUCGUGUUAUAAACGCUUUAGGGACGCAGGAAAAAUCACGAUUGGUUGGACCAAACUGUCCGGGUAUUAUUGCGCCAGAAUGGUGUAAAAUAGGUAUUAUGCCUGGCAUGAUACACAAACGUGGAGUCGUCGGAGUUGUAUCUCGUUCCGGUACCUUGACAUAUGAAGCUGUACAUCAGACUACUCUCGCGGGCUUGGGUCAAACAUUAGUGGUUGGCAUUGGCGGUGAUCCAUUCAAUGGUACUAACUUCAUUGAUUGCCUUGAUAUAUUUUUAAAAGAUGACAGUACACACGCAAUUAUAAUGAUUGGUGAAAUUGGCGGUGAUGCAGAGGAAAAAGCAGCUGAUUUCCUUGCAGCAUAUAAUUGUGGUCCGAAGGUUAAACCCGUUGUGAGUUUUAUUGCUGGACGAACUGCACCACCUGGUCGUCGUAUGGGUCAUGCCGGUGCUAUUAUUUCUGGAGGUAAAGGUGCAGCACCGGAGAAGGUAGCAGCAUUGGAGAAAGUCGGUGUACGUGUUGUAGAUAAUCCAACAGGAAUGGGCAAAGCUCUAUCUCAACUAAUGAAAAAGAAGGAAGAUAAGAAGGAUGAGAAAUGUAAGCGUAAAUAAAGUUUUGAUUAAGUUAAUGACAAUGGUUUCUUCUAUUUAUUUUAUGACUGUUUAUAUUGAUAAUGAAAGAAAUAAAUGAAUGAGUAAAUUGAUA